GUGAGGGCACCGCGCCUCGCUGGGGCCGUGCCUUGCCUUGUCUUCUGCUCCCUACAGUGGAACGGCUUUUGUCAGUAACUGUGUGUCUUCUGCUCCUUCGUGUUUUCCCCUACCCUACAGGUACUAAAGAUGGGCCGUCGAGCCCGCCAAGACAUCUUUGCUGAUGAAAAUCUCAGCAAGAAGAAUUCCCCAUCUGCUUCUCUUGGAGAGGAUGAAGACUCUCAGGAAAAGGUUGACCAUGUUCCACCACCUAAACCCCCACGCCGGCAAGGAGGCUGGGCAGAUGAUCCUGUACUGGCACCUACCAAGUUAGGAAGAAAGCAUGCAGAAGAAGUAGAAGACCAUCGUCUCAGACAGCAGAGCCUGGAGGCAUCAGAUGAUGUCGGAGACAUUCCUGUGAUCCCUGACUUGGAGGAUGUCCAGGAGGAAGAUCUGGCCAUGCAAGUGGCAGCUCCCCCCAGUGUGCAGGUGAACCGAGUGCUGACCUACCAUGACCUGGACAAAGAUCUAAUGAAAUAUGCUGCCUUCCAGACUCUGGAUGGGGAGGUAGACCUGAAGCUCCUCACCAAAGUUUUGUCUCCAGAGCAUGAACUACGAGAGGAUGAUGUCAGCUGGGAUUGGGACCAUCUCUUCACAGAGGUGUCAUCAGAACUAAUGACUGAGUGGGACCUGGGACAGUCAGAGAGGGAGGACCACCUCCCAUAGAGCUCUGACACAUCAGAUGCCACAUACAUAAAUCUCCUGUAAAUAGUUAAUCACUUUAAUUUUCUAUUCACUUGUUUGUAUUUGAGAAUUUAUUUCAGACAUGAAAAUAAAUAGGACCUUGCUUCAUAGAAAAAUUGUCUUGGGAGAAGUUUUGGUUAUUUUUUAAUAAGAAUUUUUGUUCUUUAAAGAAAUUAAGAAUUCUCUAACACAAUAAAAUAUUUACUUAUAAAGAGUCAUUGCACCUCAGUAGCACCUCUACAGAUAACUGCAACGGUUGAUCUUUUCUCUAUGGAAGCACAGCCUCUCUGGAGUGGACCAUCGUACAAUGGAGUGUGGUUUGCACUGAUGGCUAUCAGAGAAGCUAGGCUGAUAUGACUUGUUUUCAUAGGACAUCCAGUUUACCAUCUUCCUCACAGCAGGCACCUCGGGUUGUCACGAUAUCUGAUUGACAUUUCAUCCAGCAGCCUCCAGCUUUUCCUUGUUAGUUUAACCUCUCUCUUGAAACAUUACUUCUGUAUUGACUGAGGAAGCAGCAUCACCUAUUAAACUGACACUUCUUACUGCCCCUCUUUAUAUCUUGAGGUUUCCCAGCUAAAUUCUGACCAGGCAUGACCUCACUUAGCUUUUGCAAUCACAUGAAACCACAGCCUGAAUGGGGAUCGCUUCAGGCAUAGGUACUUUGCAAGGAGAAUGUUUAUUCCAUGUGUGUGGAAGGAUGGAGCCUGAUGCUCUCAAACAAUACAGGUAACUUACAACAGUUAACUCCCUGGUGGGUGUCUCCUUGGAACCAAGUAACUCACUCUUAUUGUCAUCUAAACAAAAACUCAUUUAGCUGUUAAGACCUUAUCCCUGUAGACCCAUAGUCAUUAUUUGAAGAAAAAAGUAACAUUACUUCUAAACCAAUGUCCUUUAAAGCCAAAGUUGGAGAAUCUUACUAUAUAUGUCUGGGGAGUGCAGGUGCUGUGAGGAAGCUUGCUGUGCUGCUUUUCUUUGCUUGUUUGGUUGGUCUAACAGAGCACUGCAUUGCCACUUUUGUGACAGCAGGACAGGUCAAAUAGCUCACUGUGAAUUCGGUACUCUGCAGAAUUUCAGGGGAGAGAUGACAUGCCAAACACCUUUACCAACAAAAAAGAAGGAGUUGGGCCCCAAUCUGGAGCCACAAAAAUAACGGGAGGCUAAUCUGUCUUAAGGAAACACUAAGUUUCUUACAACCAAGAUAUCUCUCCUAUAACUAGAAAACUAAGUGAGGCAUAAUCUUAGGAGGCCAUUGUAUGGAAUAUCUGAAAGUCUUUGUGCAGAGAAACCUGUUUUGGUAGGAGCAGAAAAGCUUCUCAGCUCAGCUAGCAUCUACUUUUCUGUGACACUUAUGAUUCCUGGCCAAAGAGAAUUUAGGAUGCUUUGUACAUCCCAGGAAAAAAAA